AACAGAAUGCAAAUCGGGAUCGGAAUUCUGGCAGUUUGUUUACAUCACACGUUGCAUUGCCAUCAUAAAGUGACCAAAGGCAAAGCUAAUAUCGUUAUGUAGAAUAGUAUGAAUUGUAUGAGAGACAAUAUGAAAUAAUGCUUUGAGACACAAGAAGGUAGCAGAUCACCAUGGCAACACAAUACAAUUUGCCCCAUGUGCUGAACUUGAGUAACAGCAUCAUAGGGGUCGCAGUCCUAGCCAUGCCCUUCUGUUUCCAACAGUGCGGGAUUGUGCUGGGGAUCGUCAUGUUGUUUUUCUGUACCUGGUUAACACUCAUCUCUUGCAAACUUCUCAUAACUGCUGGGAUCUCAUCAAGAAAACGAUCCUAUGGAUUCCUUGCUCAGUACACACAUGGAGCCCCAGGAAAGUUGGCCGUUGAAUUAGGUAUGAUAGGACUACAGAUAGGAACAUUGAUCGCUCAGGUAGUCAUCAUAGGAGAUCUCGGACCAGCCAUCAUAUCAAAAUGGACAGGACUACCGAACACCAACAACCUGAGGACCGCUUUGAUUGCCCUGGCGUGUACAUGCAUUGGUCUGCCGCUGGGUCUCCUCAGGAACCUGGAAACAGUCAGCCGGGCCAGCACCUUCUGUAUCUGCUUCUAUUCCAUGUUUGUCUUGUAUGUUGUAGGUUUGUCUCUUCCUAAUUUGAAGGCUGGAAACUGGUACAAUAAAAUCAACAUGUGGCGGGUGGAAGGCCUCUUUAAAUGCCUGCCGAUAUUCUCCUUUGCUUUCGGAUGUCAAACACAGCUGUUUAUCCUUUACGAUGCCCUCCCUGAGCCCUCGCUGAAGGGGAUCAGUUCCAUCGUCAGUAGUGCAGUGAACAUGUGUACAGUUGCCUACCUACUGGUUGGCUUCUUUGGGUAUGUGGCAUUUUGUGAUACUACGAUUGGUGGUGACAUCAUAACUCAGUUUUCUGAAACCUUUGUGGUGGACAUCAUUCAGAUUCUGUUCGUCCUCUCCAUUGUCGUCACUUUUCCUCUGAUCAUCUACCCGUGUCGAGGAAGUUUCUACACUCUGCUGUUUGCUCAGAAGCCCAAGCAUGAGGACAUAGACUCUAGACCUAUAAUUCCAGAGAUCCAUUUUAAAGUCAUCACUAUCUGUAUUGUAUUGUUUGCCAUGACAACAGGAAUUCUGGUCCCUAAUGUUGAGUUUGUACUUGCGUUUAACGGAGCUACAAUGGGAACGCUCAUUUGUUACAUAUUUCCUGCCGUGUUCUUCCUAAGAGUCAUGACAUCAGAUAAAAAGAAUGUUGCUCAGUUCGUGUUUAUCGUUGGAGUAACAAUCAUGGUCCUUUGUACAUACACUACGCUAAACUCUCAGGACCACGUCAAACCAAAGCCAAUCGUUGUAGAGAAAGCUACGGUUCCACAAAAAGUAGACUCGAAACCAGUGGGUAAAGUUGGAAAAGACAAUGUUGAUGUGAACAUCAAAGAAAGGAAAGAUGAUAAAGAAAAAGAUAAGAAAGUGGUACCACCUGAUAAGGACACUAAAGUCAAGUCACCACUGGAGGAGGACAAGAGACAAGAACCACCCAAUCCCCACCCACCAGACAAAGGACCAGUAGAGGUGAAUAAUAGCCAUAAAGACACAGUGAAGGAACCAAAUACAGUCGGCAAAACAACAUCCAAACUAGAAAAGGAGAAUGAAAGGGUUAACAAAAAGCAGAAACCCAGGGAUAAAAAAACCAAAGAUGAUGGGCCAAAUGUUCUUAAAAAGAAGGAUUCAAAGAGGGAUGAGGCAGAGGUUGAGGUAGAUGCUGGUGUCAAGGAUGAGGCAGUGGGCAAGGACACUGAGGAGAAGGAGACAGACCAGAAACAGCAGGACCUGUUGGACGAGUUGAAGAAACAGCAGAUAGAGCACAAGAAGCUGAUCGAGGAGCAGAGGGAGAUCCUGAAGGAGCUGAAGGAACACAAGAGAGAGGCCCACAAGGAGGAAGACGAGGAUGGAAAGACACAAGCACCUGUGAAAGAUGGAGAAAAGAUUGACAAUCAGAACGGACAGAAGGUCAAUCAGAACGGACAGAAGGUCAAUCAGAACGGACAGAAGGUCAAUGUUCAGAAAGCUGAUUCACCGGUGAACUCUCCGAAACAAAUGAACAUUCCGACAAAGGCUAAUAUACAGCAACAAGAUUUACAGGGACAAGGUCAAGUUAACCAGCAACCCCAGCAGAUAAAUUUACAAGGUCAGGGUCAGCUGAAUCAGCAACCUCAGCAUAUGAAUUUACAAGGUCAAGGUCAGCUGAAUCAGCAACCUCAGCAUAUGAAUUUACAAGGUCAAGGUCAGCUGAAUCAGCAAGCUAACUUACAGAGUCAGCAACAAAGAUCAAAUUCCUUCAAUCAACAGCAGAUUGGUAAAAACCAACAAAAUCCUCAGAACCCAAAUGUGUUAAACAUCCAGGGAAAUCAACAACCACAGUUAAAUCAGCAGCAAAAUAUACAGGUUCAAGGUCAAGUGAAUCAACAACAUCCAGGACAAAGACAAGUGCAGCAGCAACAGCAACAACAUCAGCAGAUGGAUAAGCAACCUAUAAACAAUAUCAAUAAUUUGAACGUUCCGAAUCAACAGAAUGUUGGGAACAGUGCAGGUUUGAAAAAUCCUUCAAAUGUUGGUGCUGGAGGAAACAGGCCGGUUAAUGCACAGGAAUCUAGAUUGUCAGAGGAUGCUCCUAAUCAAUUAGGUGACACAAAAUCUCAGAAAAAAAAUGAAAAGAAACCCAAAACACCUCAUUCUGACAUCUAGAGAGGGAAAAUUGAAGUGAAUGUUGUCAUAUUCUCAUUAAAAAUAUCCAAGAUGUGAUGUUUGUGAAUCCAUUACGGUGUAUAUUUAUGCCCCUUAUAGUUUGUUUAGUUGUAUCUGUCUCAUUGUGUGUUCAUGCUCGGAAUUGUACAAGAGACUAGCAUUUCAUAUUGGAUUGCUGACUACAAUGAUAAACUAUGUGAGGUCAAGGUCAUAUUGAAGGAGAUGAAAGGUCAUGUAGAAAUUUUCCAUUGAUGGGGCACUGUUGUUUUAUAUCUGUGGCUUUACCUAUUUUCAAGUAUUGUUUAUAUUUAUUUAAUAUUAAGUGUAUGAAUGUAUUCGUAAGGAAUGAGUUUUCAAGUCUUCUUAAGCGUAUAUAUAUGUAUCAACAUUUCAUCUGUUAUCUGCUGAACGGUUUCUCUUGUACUAGGCUAUUUCAUUGUUUAUUAAUGCUCAUUAACAAUAUCAGGUUUACAGGAAGCAUGCAAUAUUAACUUAUAUCUGUCUUCAGUUUGUAUCCGCAUGAACAUUGAGAUUUUUAACGUGUAUUAGUUUAUACUACCUAUGAAGAUAUGAAAUAUGGUGUACAUCCCCUUUGAAAACAGGUACUGAUAACAGAUGAACACAUCAGACGAUAUUUUCUAACAGUUGAACAACACAUCCAAUGACAAGUUUUCUGCCAAAGAAUAUUUUUGUUUGAUGUAUCAUUCAUCUUUAAAUGAGAUGCAGACAGGAUGCAUUUUUGUUGCUUAGAUUUAUUCUAUACUAGGUAAAUAGUUCUAUGUCUGCUUAAAUUGCCAUGUAAUUAGUAUUUGAGAAUAAAUCAUAACAUUGUUGAAUAUUAGAAGUAAUAUGAAUGUUUCUUAUAUAAGCUAGGUUUAUACACUGUACAAUUAAAGGUGAUUUUAGCAUAUUUUCAUCUGUUCACAGCAAAAACAUCAUUAUGUUUAUUGUGAUGUUAAACCGUUGAAACAAUCUUAUACACCUGUGUUUUGAUUGGACGUGUCACAUUUAGCCAUUGUCUGUCCAUCCAUUUGUCUGUUCUCUAACACCUUGUAUGGACCAUAAAUUCUAUACACCUGAGAAGAAUAAAGACAAACAUCGUAGAAAUAUUCCUUAUGGAAAACUGGUUUUUCAUGACCUUAAGUCAAGGUCAUACCUCCAAGUCAAGGUCAUUGUGAAAUUUGCUGGAAAUUUUUUCAUAUUACCAAUUUUUCAUUCUUUGUUGCAAUAAGUUCAUAUUUGGUACAAUUGUUCCUUGUGUGAAGUUGAUUUGUCAUAAACUUUGUCCAUGGUCAAGGUCACAGCUGACUUAGUCCAUGGUCAAGGUUACAACUGAUUCAAGUUAAGAGUUUCCAUGAAUAUACGGACCUUAUUUUUUCAGUUUUUGCUUGGUAGAAACAUUUGUUAUGAAUAGGGGUUUUGUCAUGAAUAUAGAAGUAGAACUUUUAGCACGAAAACCUAUACAACUGAAUACAUAAUGACAGGUAUAUUAUGUACUGUUUGUGGUAGACAUGUUGACAAAUAUGAUAAGAUAUUUUUCAUGAAAAUUCACUCAAACAUUUGAUACACUUUUUUUUUAAUUAUAUACCCAUCAAUAAUCCAUGAUUUGAUGCUGUUAAAUUCACAGUGUAUGUUUUUGUAGAAAGCGAUCUGUGUCACGGACAACCGCAUACACAAAAAAUAAAUUAAUUGUAUGUUUCUCUUUUUGCCAAUUAGGAAUGCAAUUAUCAAAUAAAUCAAAAGGGUAUAUAUAAUGAAUUUAACAUUACUAUAGCAACUUGAUUCGAAGAGUUGGAUCACGUCUCGUUGAUAGGCGUAGAUCAUCAGAUCAAACUUGAUGCUUUACGUCUCGUUUGAUCUGAUAAUCCGCCCCUGUCAACUCGACAUUGUCUGACUCGUCGGAUCAAGCUACUGUAUUAAUAAUGUAUAUAUUAAAGUGUAGAACUAAAAGUAUAAUUAUAAACCAAAGUGUAUUUUAUGAUUCCACUUUGAAAUUCUUCAUUAGGGGGUCUAUUAUAUUGCUGUAUGUUAUACCAUGCAUUGAUUAUUUUUGUAGGUUUUAUGCUCUGCGUACAUGUAAGUUAUAUAUUGUAUGUAAAUUUGUUAUCAAACAUGUCUGUUAAAAUAUCUUAUUUUUUAAUUUAUUUUCUAUGGAGAAUAAAAUGUAUUGAAAUUAUU